AAAAUAAUAUUUUCGUCGGUCUAUGUCGCCUGUCAAAACUGUCAAUGUGGUUGGCCGUAUUGAAGUGAAAACAAUAUUCGUGUCGCAUUUCAAACGCAACAAAUAAUAUAUUAUACGCGAAAUUACUUCAAGUGCAGUUUUAAAAGAAAUUGUUAUUUGCUCUUUUUAGCAAUGGAUACUCAAGGUGAAUUACUAUAUUUCCUCGAUCUACUAGAUUUGGACGAGGAAGUUAUCGAUACCCCUUUGAAAAUUCUUAUGGGAAAAAAUAAGCAUUCUAAUAAAAAUUUACAAAAUGCUAUACAAUUACUGAAAUACAAACUGCUUAUAAACAUCCAAGAAGACAUAGAAUGUGAGAAUAGCGAAGAGUUUGAUUUCGUUGUUAAAUUAUUGAAGGACCUUUCGAGUGACAAUAUUGAAUAUGUUUGUCAAAUUAUUAACAUAGUACUGUGCUUGAAACCGAGCGAUGUAGUCAGUAAAGCGGAACAUUUACUUCAACAAAUAUUGUCCAACAUUGAGUUUCAGACAGAAACAUCGAAAACCUCCUUUAUUACCGAAGUAAAUAUGGACAAAUUACUUAGUUUAAAAGUGGUUGAUAGUAUCCUGAAUGCGACCAUUAAAUUUGGAGAGAAAAUAUCUCUACUGUUCUUAGAGACACCUUUAGAAAAGAUUCUAGAUUCAACAGAUGAAGUACUGAAAGUAUAUUUUUUAACAAAUAUUGUGCCUGGUUUACUUCAUGGGGUAGUUGGAUAUGAUAUACUGGACAGAAUAUGGGACCACAUCCAAUCUUUUAAAGGAGAUAAAAAGGAAAAUGCUUUAAAGGUACUCAGCUGCCUUUCCGAUUACUACCUACCCACACCAGAUGCAAAAGGAGAUAGUCAAUUUGUAUCUGAAAUUGUCCACCAAUAUAACUUCUGGGAAAUUGUUCUUUUUGGCAUGAUGUCUGACAAUGCUGCUAUUAGAAAAAUAUCUGUGUACCUUACUAAAAAGGCCAUAGACUCUAUUAUAGCUGCCAAAAAGGAUGUCAAAGUUAUAUAUUUAAACGAAGCCAUAUUCCAAUGGAAUAAUGGUAAUGCUAAAGCUCUGAAGACCAUGUGGGACAACUUCUUCAUCCUAAUAGAUAGUUUAGAAGAAAAACAGGGAAACAUAGUAUUGCCAUCUCUAAAAUUAUUUGAAAGUGUCAACAUUGGUGACUGGUGGCUGAAUUCUGCCUUUAACAUGGGUCUUAAACAUGAAAAUACUCAAGUUAGAUUAAAAUGUAUAGAGUACAAACUUAGAACUAAAAUAAGAAAUGAAACAGAAGCUCAAAUAUUGCUUGAAGCCAUUAAUGAUAUUAAUUUAUUUGAUAACAAUAUAAUAUAUGAAGGCCUUAAGGCUAAGAUAAUGGAGUUACUAUCAGAUCCACAAUCAUUUACAGAAAUAUUUAAAUCAAUAACACAAGUAAAAUGGUCACCAAUACCACUGUUCCAUUUGACUGAUGUUUUAGCCAAUUUAAAAACUGAUGUUCCAUUAAUAUCAGUUGAUAAGGAUUUAAAAAUUACAGCAGAAAUUUUGAAGAUACCUUGUAAUAAUAUUGUGUUACGAAGAGCAUCACAAAUUAAUAUUAUACAUUUUAUCAAAAAAUGCGUAAAUGACUUGAAUUGGAAAGACAUUAUAAAGAUUUAUCCUAAUAUUAAUUUAAAACUACCUUACCAAGAAAAUCCUUUCAUUGAAAUUGUAAAACAAGUCCCAAUGAUGAAUGAAGAUAAAGUUAUGAACUUAAAAAUUAUGUCAGAAAAUUACGCAAAUGUAGAUCUUAUUUUGUUAUACUUAUUGACUCAUGAAGAAGACUUAAACAUGUUCCUUGAAAUAAUUCAAUACAAACAGAAAAAAAUACAAGAAGGCAUUAAUAGGCAAUAUGCUGAUAAAAAGGAUUAUCUCAAUGAUGUUUUAUUCUUAAUGGAUUUAUCAAGCAAAGCUAAUGAGAAUUCUGCAUUCACUAAAAUUAAUGAGGUGAUCACAAGGCAAAAUAAGACUUUAUUGCUCUAUGUACAAAGUCUGUUUACAAAUGAUGCAUUUUUAAGAAUGGAGGAUAUAUCAAAAUUGUGUAAAUAUCAUGAAUUAAUUUUUAAUGAGAAAGAGCUAGGAGAUACAUUGUUACAGCUGUAUAAAACUGCCAUUCUAUUUCUGAAGUCCAACCCAGAGAUAGACAAAGCAGUCCUAAGUUUAUUUGUUAUAAAAUUGUUACACAGUAGUCCUGUGAUGUUAUCCAGUUAUUUGCAUGAAAUACUUAAUGUAAAUAGUUUUAUUAAAAUAGUUUCAACUGUUCAAUUCAAAGACGCACAAAACGAAAGUGUGGGUAGAUCGAAAAAUGUGUUUUAUGAAAAAUCUUGUGCAAUAAUAUGCUUUUUAAUUAAAGAAGACAAUGAUGUUGAAUGUUGCUUAGAUGAAGUGAUAACUUACAUCGAAAAUGUUAUCGAAUGUGGAGGGUAUGGGUGUCUGAAAUGGAUCCUGAAGACAGUCAACAAAAUUAUCAACAAACUUUCAAAUGAUAACACAAAGUUCAACUUAAUUCAGUUUGUAAACCGAGUAUGGACUGAAAUUGAAGAGCUGAAGUCCAACAGUCAGUAUUCACCAUGCAUUGAAGAGUUUAUUGAAUUGAUAACUCAAGAUUGUAUUCUAAAAAAUGCAAUGUACAACAAUGUGGUGGUAAUUACAUACUGUAAUAAGAUCAUAGAAUAUGGACCUAUAAAAACGAAUCCGCUAUUCUAUUUGAUAAGGAAAUUAAAUGGGAAGGAUAUAAAGGAGCAUGGGCAUUUGAUAUAUGUCUUAUGUGAGAUAUUACUCUACUGCCCUGUGCCUAGGAAGGAUCAGAGGAUUUCAGAUAACGUAACACUAGAAGUUCUACAAGACCCGAGAUAUCGCGUAAAUAAAGAAAGUAUUGAUGUCCACUUCAACUAUGAAAUCCAGUAUCUAGCAAUAGCUUCAUUAUGCAGUAUAAAUGACUUGAAAACUCUCCGAAUGAUCACCAAUUUUACGACCAUCCGCAUCGACAGUUUAUUUAAAAACAAACAGCGUUACCAUGGCAACUCGCAACUUCACAGAGUUUUGCAAACUACCCUACAACAUAUCCUGUUGCUGGUGUUGAAAAAUGGCGACUUGAAAAGUUUGUUUGAUUGGAGUCUAGAUAUGUUUGUGAAGCUUCCUCAUCAGCCAAGUGUUAGGAUAUGCUUUGAAUGGUUCAUUUCACUAUAUUUUUAUGUUGAGAAAAUCGACAUUGGUGAGGAAAUGCUUCAGAUUAUGAAAUCAAGGCACGUGCCGUUGACUUCUCAGUUCUUUAUAUUAUAUUGGUUGUUAAAGCAUAAAAUAUCGAACAACACAUACAAAGAACUUGAAUACAACUUCGUAUUGGACUUUCUACUAUCCCAUACAAUGGGCCAACUGUUCAACGUGAGACUGAACGCACAAUAUUUAGCUACAGUCCUAUACACACUAGCUAAUAAAACCACAAAAUACGAAUAUACUAUAAAUAUAAUAGAGAAAACUUUCACGGAAUGUAACACCGACAAGAACUAUUUAAAACUUAAAAGUGAUUAUUUUACCACUGAUUUUGAUAUUGUUGGCAACCUUACACCAUACUUUAUAUAUUAUUUGCUGCCAAAAUUAUGUGAAAUAGACUGUAAUGAAAAGGUUGACAUGCAGUUUGUUACUAAUAUCAUCAAGGAUAUUAACGAGAGGAUGGCCAGAGAUGGUACUGGAGACUUUAUAGACGAGUGGAAACAUUGCAGAAAGGCUGAUGAUCAGUUUGUAGUUGUCCAACCGAACAAGGGAGCUGAUGAAAGGAAUUCUGGUGAUGUAGAAGCGAUGGGCACUAUUCAGAAGAAAUAUGUUCCUUGGAGGAACAUGAGCGAUGUUAAUGUUUAUGAUGUGGGAAAGAAGAGAGAAAGUCCAAGUCAAUUAAUUGUAGUGGCAUCCUUGAUCGAUAAAUUACCCAAUUUGGGUGGAAUGGCGCGUACCAGCGAAGUGUUUGGCGUACAGACGUACGUCGUGGACAGCUUGAGGCAUCUGCAGGAUAAGCAGUUUCAAGGUCUCAGUGUGUCAGCAGAAAGAUGGAUUAACGUAGAAGAGGUUCGUCCUGGCCGUCCUCUCAAGGAAUACUUGCUGAAGAAGAAAGAAGAAGGAUAUGCCGUGGUAGCUGCGGAACAGACCUCCAGCAGCUCCAAGCUGCAGACCUUCAAGUUUCCUAAGAAGACGUUAUUGUUGCUUGGCCACGAGAAAGAAGGCGUACCCUGCGACUUACUGCCUCUAAUGGACCACUGCGUCGAAAUCCCGCAACAAGGCUACGUUAGAUCGCUAAAUGUGCACGUUACGGCAGCCAUUUUUGUUUGGGAGUAUGCUAGACAGAAUGUUUUAUAACCUGCACAGCAGAAUGUUGAAGACAUGUUGUCAUUUGACUCUACAUUUCCAGCGAAGUCUUCUGUGAUCAUGUAUUAUUUCUACAGGCUCAGACAAAUAGCAUAAAUGCUCAAGUAGAAA